UUUACUUAUCUAUCUCUGUCCGUCCCUUGUGGUUUAGAUAGAAGUUAGAGCCUCCACUAUCCGCCGGCCGCCUCCGCCUUGCCCACUGCUCAAAUGAUGUGACAGAUAACUUAUCCAACGGUCAGAUUUCACAUGGCGGAACCUCAACCUAGCAGACCCACAGCUCCAGAAACCAACAACCAGCACCAGCACCAGCACCAGCACCAGCGGCAGCGCCACCAGAACUACAAUCGCAGCGGCACCAUUCGCGGCGGAGAUGGAAAGGUUACGCUGGAGCCGGGCUCAGUAGUAUUCCGCAUGCUCUGCCACGUGAAUACAGCUGGAGGGGUUAUAGGAAACUCCGGCAGCCUCGUCAAACAGCUCGAAAACCAGACGGGUUGCAAAAUCCGGUUCGAGGAGUCGCUGCCCAAGUGCCACGAGCGCGUGAUUAACAUUACUGGGGAGGCAGCUAUUGAUAAGAAAAUCACGCUGAAAUUUGAAGAAUUGGGGUCCGAAGAGGAGUUGGAUUAUGAGGUUGAGGUUUCUGCAGCGCAGGAAGGUUUAAUGAGGGUUUUCGAGAGGGUUUUGGAAGUUGAAGGGAAUGGAAAUGGGGUGGUUGGGUGCAGAUUGCUGGCUGCUAAUGGCCAAAUUGGAGGGGUUAUGGGCAGAGGAGGCAGUAUUGUUGAUGGGAUUCGGAGGAAUUCCGGGGCCAGGAUUCGGGUCUUGAAGAGGGAGCAGAUUCCAGCUUGUGCCACACCUGAGGAGGAGUUGAUUCAGAUAAUGGGUGAUGUUAUGGCAGUAAAGAAAGCACUAGUUGCUGUUUCCCAUUGUCUUCAAGCUUGCAUAACUGGGGAAAGAUCAAAUUCAUCUCCUCAAGGGGCAUUACAAGAUGCACAUUCAGAUAUUCCUCCAAAAGAUAAUCAUACUCCUCCAUCUUUUCCUGGAAGUGAUAAUAAUUCAGUUGGCCUUUCCUUGUCUGAGGACAUUGACAAAAUUAUGAACCUUCAUGAAGAAAAUGCUGAAAGACGAGUGGUGUUUAGAUUGCUUUGCUCUCAUGGUUCUGCUGGGGGUAUCAUUGGGAAAGGUGCAAUUAUUGUGAAAGCAUUGGAGAAAGAAACUGGUGCUUCCAUCAAAUUUUCAUCUCCAGUAGCUGGAUCAAGGGAGCGAGUUGUCACCAUUUCUUCGUUUGAGAGCCAAAAUCCUUUGUACUCAUCUGCCCAACUUGCCAUCGCUCGGGUUUUUGCUAGAUCAGUGGAGGUUGGUGUUGACCAGGGUUUCAUAGCUGGUUGGGGUGAGGGCGAAACUGUAACUGCCAAAAUUCUAGUUGCUCCAGAUCAAAUGAAUUGCCUGAUUGACAGUGAAGGAAGAAUUGCUUCAGAUAUAAGUGCCGCAUCCGGUGUUGAAAUACAGCUAUUGGGUACAAACUGUGUUCCAAAUAGCGGUGCAGAAAACGAUGAAGUAGUCCAGAUUGCUGGUGAGUAUGAAAAUGUGGAGAGAGCCCUCUUUCAAAUUACUGGUAGACUGAGGGACCACUUCUUUUUUAGUACUACACCUGAAGAAGCAGGCCCAAGAAAUUCUUCAAACCCUUAUUCUGCUGAUGAAUUUAAUCGCCCUGGGUUUAGGCGUAAAGUUGGUGGUCCUCAUAAACCUAGCUUGCAAGGCAAGCAGUUUAAGGACAUGAGAAAAACAAGAACUCUGGGGGAUAGUGAAUGGGGUUUGUCUGGAGGGGCACCUGGACAGCAAAGUUUGGAUGCGGAAGCUGUUACUUAUAAGACUAUUGAAGUUUUAGUUCCAGAAAAAGAUUUUGGAUCGGUCUAUGGUGAGAAUGGCAGCAAUCUGGCUCGCCUCAAAGAGAUAUCAGGUGCAACCAUUUUACUGGAAGGUCCUUCUCCUGGACAAUGUGAUGGAAAGGUGAUUAUAUCUGGCACACCUGAGCGAAUUCAGAUAGCACAAAGUUUACUUCAAGCAUUUAUGCUAGCUUGAGCAUGUUCUUUUGAUCAGCAUUUCCAGCUGUCAAAAGUGUCAAACUAUUGAGAUGGUAGCUCCUCCCGGGUAUCAGUCAAUCCAGUUCUUCAGCCCUAUAUGCCACUGUAUAUGCUCCUUGUAGUCUUAUUCAACUGAGCAGCCUCCAAUUAGUCAAACAUCUUUCAUUGAUAACUCCCAAUUUGUUGAAGAUGAGCCGGUACACAUCAACAUGCAUUUUCAUAAGGCCUGCAGAAAUUACCAAUUUUGUAACUAAUACCUGUUCUUCUUUCUCUUUUAUUUUAUUUACACUGACAAUGUAGGAUGAUGAAUGAAUAAAAACAUGUACAACUUUCUACUGUACAUUUGGCGUGUAAUCAUUUAUCACUUUGGCAUUUUCAGUUUUA